AUGUGGUGGAGAGUUUUCAGUUUGCUGGCUUGGUUCCCCUUACAAGAGGCCUUUCUGACUAACCACACGGAAACCAUCACCGUGGAGGAAGGCCAGACUCUCACUCUGAAGUGUGUCACUUCUCUGAGCAGCGCUGCCUCCCUCCAGUGGCUGACCCCUUCAGGAUUCACCAUUUUUUUAAACGAGCAUGCUGCUUUUAAAAAUUCCAAAUACCAGCUUCUUCAUCACUCGGCCAGUCAGCUGUCCAUCAGAGUGCCUAACGUAACCCUGCAAGAUGAAGGCGUAUACAAGUGCCUGCAUUACAGCAACUCCGUGAGCACGAAGGAAGUGACAGUGAUUGUGCUAGCAACUCCUUUCAAGCCAACCCUGGAAGCUUCAGUUGUUAAAAAGCAAAAUGGAGAAGAGAACGUUGUACUUAAAUGCUCCACUGUGAGAAGCAAGCCCCCUCCGCAGAUAACCUGGCUACUCGGGAAUGGCAUGGAGAUCUUCGGUGGAACCCACCAUGAAUUUGAAACUGAUGGGAAGAAAUGUAAUACCACCAGUACACUCACAAUCCACACAUACAGCAUAAAUUCAACAGUGAACUGCAUUAUCCGACACAAAGGCCUGCAAGGGAGAAAACUGGUAGAACCCUUCCGGUUUGAAGAUUUCGUUACUGAUGAAGAGACAGUUUCAGAUGCUCUGGAGAGAAGCUCUCUAUCCUCUCAAGACUCUCAGCAGCCCACUAGUACUGAAGCAAAUCCUCAGUAUAUGGAAUUGACAAGGAAGAAAAGUGGCAUCCUGCUGCUCACUCUGGUGUCCUUCCUCAUUUUCAUACUCUUCAUCAUAGUCCAGCUGUUCAUAAUGAAGCUGCGGAAAGCACACGUGAUGUGGAAAAAAGAAAAUGAAAUUUCAGAAAACACACUAGAAAGUUAUAGAUCGAGGUCAAAUAAUGAAGAAACAUCAUCCCAAGAGAAAAAUGGCCAAAUCUCAGUAAUGGAAGAUUCUAGUACAUUAGAGAUGGAAAAAGAAGAGGAAGAACAAACUACUCAGGACCCUGACUUGACCACUGCAUGUACCGUCAAAACAUCCCUUUGCACUCCGCACACCUGUGUUCAGAACACCUUCAUGGCUUCCCGAAGUCCACAGCACACAGAGUGA